GUGUUAAUUGCAAUUAUUAUUGCUAAUAAAAUAAUGAUCAACGAUGCUGAAAAAAAAAAAAACAAGUGGCGGCAACGACGUUGGAAAAUAGAGAGGGAUGCUGGGUGGUGGUGAUAGUGGCACGACAUGGGGUGGCCGAGUAGUGGCAGUAAGUUUUUUUUUUGGAAUUAAUUUUUUUUAAAAAAAUAAUUAAAGAUAUACUAUUAGUAUAUGUACAUAAAAAAUGCAAGUAUUUCCAAUUAUUAUAUUUAUGAGUAAAAUUUUGUUUUGCUAUAUGAAAUGGAAUAAAGUGGUCUAUUAUCUCAUUUUUCUUUUUUGUUUGAAAAAAAAAAUUAUCUCCUUUUUCUUUCUUACCCAUAAAAUAUUAUUCAUAUUAAUUAUGCAUUAUUUACUUUUAAAUUGAUAAAAAUAUCUUGGAGAUAGUAGAGCAAGCAGCAUACUGCAUACAUGAUCCCAAAACGAGAGGUUAGAAUUGAAGAAAGAAAGAAAUAAUGGCAGUAGUCUCCCCCCUCCAAACAAACCCUCAAUCCUCCCACAUCUACUCCACCAUCUGCAAACCCGCCCCUCCAUCCCUCCUCCGCCUCCGCCACCUCUACGCCGCUCGCCGCAGCCGCCGCAAGCCCAAUGGCGGCGUCCGGGCUUACAUGGAGGACUCCAACACCCUCGCCGGCUUCGCCAACAAAGUCCUCGGCUCCCUCCCGGUGAUCGGCCUCUUCGCCAGAAUCAUCAGCGACGAGGGCGGCGUCGGCGGCGACAUCAUCGACUUCGCCGAGUUCCGGCGGAGAGUGGGCAACAAGUGCUCCGUCAAUGACUCCAGGGCUCUCUUCGAGCUCCAAGAUCGACGAGGCAAGGCUGGGGAUCCUCUGUAUGUGCUUCUAUGCUGUUGGCUAGCUGCAGUUGGAGCUGGUCUGCUUAAAUCUGAAGACAUUUUGGAAGGAGUAGCAAGACUUAGGAUUUCCAAUGAUAUUGAAUUCGAAGAGGAGAAUUUCAUUGCCAUGAUCAAAGAAGCAAGAGAGAAACGAGCGCGACUGAAUGCUCCAGCACCCAAUAUUCCGAUGGCAGUUCGGGCUGAGAAAGCUCUGGAAGCCAUAUAUGUAUGUUGUUUUGGGAGAGAUGCUAUAGAAGAAGAAGAUGAGGAAUUGCUGUGUACAAUCUUGAAUGCUGUGUUCCCGGCCGCCGGAAAGCAAGAGAUAGAGAGAAUUGUGAGAGAGAAAGCACAGAGAAUUGCAGAUGGAACCGACGAAAUCAAGAUCCCAGAGCCUAAACCCUUGCCCAAAGAAGCUGUGCAGCUGCAAAUGAAAGACCUCGAAUUCCUCAAGCAAGGAAGCGACACAUCGUAAACACAUCUUGUCUCUCUUCAUCUUGUAGCAUAAACAACCAUGGUUUUAGCAUAUCUUUCACACACUGUGUUUAGAAUAUAGAGCAUCAUUUCGAGCCAGUUUGUGUCGUGUAUUAACCCAGAAACCACAUAAGAGCAGAAAUACUUGCAAAUAUGAUUAAUACGACUCGGAAUAAGCAUUAAUACAGUAGUAGUUCAUCUCA